UGCCUGAUUAAAUGGAGCAGUGGUGAUGAAGGCGAGCAGAGCUCCGACUGUGAGACAAACUGAAGGAUGGCGAUGCUGCUGCAGCCUCUGUGGACCUUCGUGCUGGGACACGCCCCCCUCCUGCGCUCGCCCUUCUUCCCCGUGCUCUUCUCGCUCUGCGUCUACCUGUCCUUCUGCCUGCCCUUCCUGCUGCUGGACGCGCUGUCCACCAGGUGGGCGUGGGUGCUCAGGUACAAGCUGCAGCCUCAGAGCUCCGUCAGCUGGUCGUCGGUGCGGCGCUGCCUGGCUCUGACGCUCUACAACCACCUGGUCUUCAUCUUCCCGCUCACCGUGCUGCACUGGUACCUGAGGCCGGUGCACCUGACCGAGGAGGCCCCGCCCCUUCCGCGCCUGCUGGCUCAGGUGCUCGUGUGCCUGCUGCUCUUUGACUUCCAGAGCUUCGCCUGGCACCUGCUGCACCACGGAGUGCCCUGGCUCUACCGCACCUUCCACAAGGUGCACCACACCUACACCUCCACCUCCGCCCUCACCGCCGAGUACUCGGGCACCUGGGAGACCCUCAGCCUGGGCCUGUUCGCUGCCGCCAACCCCCUCCUGCUGGGCUGCCACCCGCUCACCGAGCUCGCCUUCUUCGUGGUCAACAUCUGGCUGUCGGUGGAGGAUCACUGCGGCUACGACCUGCCGUGGGCCACGCACCGCCUGGUGCCGCUGGUGUACGGCGGGGCGCGCCACCACGACCUUCACCACCUCAAGUCCAAGUGCAACUUUGCGCCGUACUUCACCCACUGGGACCGCCUGGCCGGGACGCUGCAGACGCAGGACUGAGCCGCCGUGAUGGCGAGGAGCUGAUGUAGAGACGUUUUCUAUUUAUUUAUUUAUUCCUGUUUUUAUUUAUU